CUGCCAUCACGAUGGCCCGAGAUGGCCGAGCCUACCUGCUGACAGCAGCAAUCAGACUAAGCAAUGGCAACUGUCUCGUCCUCACGACAUGUCACGGGUGACUGACUGCUGGGCGUGACGUCGCGGAUGAAGAUACGUUUUUGACGCGACAUUGGCGCGUUAGCUCGUAAUUUUCUCGUCUAUCUCUCUGAGCGCAUUAUGAAUUGUCGAGUCCUGUCGAAGUACAAUUUGAAGGUCAUGGGCGCACAUGAUCGCGAACUUCCACUGUCGAACAAGGAAUUCCACUGAUCGUAUCAACAACAACCAUGCCAGCGAAUUUCGGCAGGUGUGAUGAUCCGGUCAGGAUCGUCUUCAAUCUGGCCGCUGACAGGCUUAAGCCUGUACUGCACGGACAGAACCCUUCGUCGUCUCCGCCGCGCGUCCAAAGUGCUACAACAGAUUCGAGGACUUCCGCAACACACACGAGCACAAAGUGCAGGCUGCGGCCCACAUGUCGACGUCGCCUUCUUUGUCACGCGAUGUACGAGAACUCGCGGCGUCCCCAUCUAUAAGAAUCACCCGGCGGCGCAUCGAGGCCCCACCCCAGCAGCUCUUCCCGGGCUCCUCUGGACGCGUAUAUCUCCUCGAUGUCUUUCUCCAGCGCGUUGACCGUCCUCGCUGCGAUUGCUGCUGUGGCUGCUGCCAAGGGACCUAUGGUGUUGCAUGAGAGCAGAACGACUACGCCCGUCGGAUUCGUCAGCCAUGGACCUGCGCCUGCUACUGACCAGCUGGAACUGCGCUUUGCAUUGGCCCAGAACAACCCUACUGGUCUUCAGAACAAGCUCAUGGAGGUCUCGACGCCCGGAAACGACAACUACCGGCAGUGGCUGUCGAUGGAAGACGUCAAGUCCUACAUGGCACCAUCCGCAGACACCGUUGCUGCAUUCAAUACCUUUGCCGCAGCGCAGGGACUGCAGAUUACAGGGAGCUCCCCGAACGGCGACUGGGUGACCGCGACGCUCCCCGUCUCGCAAGCCAACGACCUCUUCGACGCCAACUUCGAGGUCUUCUCGCACCCCGAGCUCGCCGACACGAUCACGCGCACGAUGUCCGUGUCGCUCCCGCACGAGAUCGUCGGCGUGGUGGACGUCAUCCACCCCUCGACCGCGUUCGUCGAGCCGCAGCCGAGGCUCGCGCCGUCGGUGAUCCAGCUGGACGUGCCGUCCCAGGCGAAGCGCGCGAUCCCGGCGUCGUGCAAUACCCGUGUUGCGAGCGGGGUAAUGACGCCCGCGUGCCUGCAAGCGCUGUACGGCAUCCCGACGGCUCCCGCCACGCAGAAGAACAACUCGAUACUCAUCACGGGGUACAUCGAUCAGUGGGCGCAGACGGCGGAUUUGCAGUCGUUCUUGAAGACCCUGCGCAAGGACAUGUCUUCUUCGACGUCAUUCGCCGUUCAGACCGUUGACGGAGGCGCUAAUAUCCAGAGUUCCGCGGAUGCUGGUAUCGAGGCUGACUUGGACGUCGAGUACACUAUCGGUAUCGCGACCGGCGUCCCUGCCACUUUCCUGUCUGUUGGCAAUUCCGUGGAAUUCCCCACUGCUUUGAUCGACACCACGACAUUCCUGGAUGGUGUCAAGAACCCUCCAUCGGUCAUGACCACGUCGUACGGAUCCACUGAAACCUCGUUCGGCAGCUCGUUGGCAACACGAAUCUGCAACGGCUACAUGGCACUGAGCAGUCGGGGCAUCUCCGUCGUCUUCGCGUCCGGAGACGGCGGUGUGCGCGGCAACCACGACACGACCGACAUCUGCAGCAACAACCGCUUCAUGCCCGUCUUCCCCGCGGCGUGCCCGUUCGUGACGUCCGUCGGGUCGACGCAGGGCAUCCCCGAGAGGGCCGUCAACUUCACCGGCGGCGGGUUCUCCAGCGUCUUCCCUGCGCCGACGUACCAGACCACCCAGGUCUCCUCCUUCCUGAAAACACUCCCGUCCAACUUCAGAGGCAACUUCACGCGCAGUGGGCGUGGGUACCCCGACGUCGCGGUCCAGGGCUGGAACUUCGAGGUCGUCAUCGGGGGCCAGACGGGCCUGAUCGGCGGGACCAGCGCGUCGGCGCCGACGUUCGCUGCCAUGAUCGCGCUGGUGAACGACCGCCUCGUCGCGGCAGGCAAGCCCGUGCUCGGCUUCCUGAACCCGUUCCUGUACAAGAACCCCGCCGCGUUCACGGAUAUCACGACCGGCCACAACUCGGGCUUGGUCUGUCCCGCGAGUUCGGUGGCGUUCGAUGCUGCGACCGGCUGGGACGCGCUGACUGGGCUGGGAACGCCCAUUUUCUCCAACCUCCUCGCCGCCGCGAUGGCUGCCCACUGAGAGACAGAUGUACCACGAUUUCAUUGUACAUAGAUACCAGAUUAAUGCUUGCGGAAUGAGAACAAGGCUUUUGCGUUCAUUGUUGGGUUUC